AUGGCUAAGCGUCGAAUUUACAACAAAAAGCCAUCCGCAAUAAAGAAUAAUCAAGCUAAAGCAAGAAUGAAAGUUAUACAUGAGUUACUAAAAGAAGACAGCCAAAAUGGUAAUUUAAAAGCCAUUGUAAGCAAAGGAAUUAUUGAUCUUCAUGAAGGCGAAAGAAAUAAUCUUCAACAAAUUUAUUAUAAAAAAAACGAUCCUGUUAUCAAUUUAGACUAG